AUUUGUAGGCAGGCUCGUCUGUCGGAGAAUUGAUCGCGGGACACAAACAGGCCCGGAGGGUCGUUACCCUCUUGGAGGAGGAAAUCGCUGUUUUUGACACUUCGCAGCCGACCAUGGCGACCGAUGUAAGACAGGAGCUGGCACAGUUGAUGAAUUCUAGCGGCUCUCAUAAGGAUCUUGCUGCCAAGUAUCGACAAAUUUUGGAGAAGGCCAUUCAGUUAACAGAUGCAGACCAGCUGGAAUCCUUGAAGGCCUUUGUUGAAGCAAUGGUUAAUGAAAAUGUCAGCCUCGUCAUUUCAAGACAGCUACUCACUGAUUUCUGCACACAUCUGCCCAACCUUCCUGACGGCACAGCUAAAGCUGUUUAUCACUUCACCUUAGAAAAGAUUCAGCCGAGGGUUAUCUCCUUUGAGGAGCAGGUAGCUUCAAUCAGACAACACUUAGCAACCAUUUAUGAAAAGGAGGGAGACUGGAGAAAUGCGGCACAGGUUUUAGUUGGUAUUCCUCUAGAAACAGGACAAAAGCAGUACAAUGUCGACUAUAAGUUGGACACAUACCUGAAAAUUGCCCGUCUCUAUUUAGAAGAUGAUGAUCCAGUGCAGGCUGAGGCCUACAUCAACAGAGCCUCCUUGCUUCAGAAUGAGUCGUCUAAUGAACAGUUGCAGAUACACUAUAAGGUGUGUUACGCAAGAGUUCUAGACUUUAGAAGGAAAUUCAUUGAAGCUGCACAACGAUACAAUGAACUAUCUUAUAAAUCCAUUGUACAUGAGAGUGAGCGUUUGGAAGCACUGAAACAUGCCCUUAACUGCACCAUACUGGCCUCUGCAGGCCAGCAGCGUUCUCGUAUGUUGGCCACGCUUUUUAAGGAUGAACGCUGUCAGCAGCUAGCGGCCUAUGGCAUCCUGGAGAAGAUGUACCUGGAUCGCAUCAUCAGAGGAAACCAGCUGCAAGAGUUUGCUGCAAUGCUGAUGCCUCAUCAGAAAGCCACCACAGCUGAUGGCUCCAGUAUUCUUGAUAGAGCUGUGAUUGAACACAACCUGCUCUCUGCUAGUAAACUGUAUAACAAUAUUACUUUUGAAGAGCUAGGAGCACUGUUGGAAAUCCCCCCAGCCAAGGCUGAGAAGAUUGCUUCUCAGAUGAUCACUGAAGGACGCAUGAAUGGCUUUAUCGAUCAGAUAGAUGGAAUUGUACAUUUUGAGACGCGUGAACCCCUUCCUACCUGGGACAAACAGAUCCAGUCUUUGUGUUUCCAAGUCAACAACCUACUUGAAAAGAUCCGCCAGGCUGCUCCGGAGUGGGCAGCACAAGCCAUGGAAACCCAGAUGACCCAGUGAAACCCCUACUAAACUGCUCUCUCAGCCCGUGUUUUGUCUUCCUGCCCAACAUCACCACACGUUUGUCUUUUCGCUAAAUUUUCCGAGGACAUUGAUGUUUCGCUUUUUGCAUAUGCGAAAAUACUUCAGUGCUUUUCAGUAUUUCAGAUCCGUGUCUCUCACGGGUGUAAUCACUGAGAGCUGUAAUGUCAUAAACAAUAUUGAAACGAUACAAACACAUUGUUUGCCAACAUAAUCCCCUGUUUUCAGCUUCACAUAAUGACAGAGCAGCUUUUGUCAGCUGGUUACUGAAUUACAGUACGACAUUUAAAAAGGAAAUAAAUUCAUAGCUGAGAGAAAUUGUCCAGCACUGUGGUUGUGUCAUUGAAACACAUUUUCUUCUUCAGUCAUACUUAAAGAGACGAAACACAUUUUUCUUUGUUUGACUUUCCGCAGCUGUUACUGUUUAUAAAAUAACUUGAUGUUGACCUCA